CGAUAUACGGUAUAAGUUGCGAAGGUAUUGUUUUCUCGCGUUCGGCUCCGGUGCGCUUCUUUUGUGUGUGCAUUUUUUCUCGGCGGGCGCGAGUGCGGUGUGCGUUUUUCUGAUGCUUUCUGUGCUUUUCAAUAUUAUUUUGUUCACCGAAGCAAAUAGCAAAGCUGAAAAAACUGUGUGUGUUGUGUAGGAAAAAAAAGUGCACAGAACGAAACGCGCGGCGGACGCACGGAUAAAAUCCAUUUUUCCGUUUCGUGAUAAUCGCUUUCGCUACGGUUUUUCGGGGAACAUUUUUCCGACGGGCGUUUGUGUGAGUGAGUGACGGUGACGGUGCGGGCGAAAGGAAUUCUCGCAGGUUGAAAAACACAGCACAGUGUUCCACUCGGCCGAAGGUUUGGUUUCGGUGGAACAAGCAAUAAUGGCAAGCAUUUUCGCGGAGCGGCGUCGUGAAAAAUUUCGUUAUUUUUGAUUCUGGGCAGUCGAGUCGAGUCAAGUGCGUGGCUGUGUGUGAAAGUUCGGUUGUUUUGCUUUUUUCGAAUUGUGUUUUUUGAUUUUUUCCUCUCUGUGGCUAACACUUGGAUGACGGAUUGGGUUACUUGGUUCGAAGAAGAAGAAGAACAACAACCAACAGCCCGAGUACGGGAGGAGGUAGAGGAGGAACCUGACGAAAGUUCAACGAGACAAGAGUCCGAAUCGUCUGCCGUGCACCGAGAAGUGGUGAAGACCCGAGCAAAAGAAGAGAUCAGCAGAGCUGCUGAUCUUGUUCUUGUUUGGAGUUCAAGAAGUGGUUGGAAAAUUUUGGAUCAAAUUCUAUCCGUAAAAUGUGAAGGUGCGCGGGUUGUGUGGUGCAAAGAACGCAAUCAAUUUUUGAUCGGCAAAAGGCAGGAAUUGUUACGUACGUGUGUGCGGAAAGGAAAAACCGCUUGAAUCAAAGUUUCAACUUUUUCCUCAUGCCAAGUGUUUUGAUUUGUACGGCUGUUUUGUGCUGUUUUCGCUGAAAUUUCUGCGUGUUUCCGGGCGAAAAAUUUAUACACAUUUUUUCGGUUUGUUGUUCGGUUGCGGAGCGGAGUUCAGUGGCUGAAGGAGUUGAAAACAAAAAAAAAUGUUGGCUCCCUCCGACCGGGCAGCCAUCGGCUGCUGCUGCUGACCGACGAGCGGACUGUGAAGAAUAACCAGGCAGAGGCAAAAUAGCAACAAAAAUAAAGAAGAAAACGGCCUCCGACGAUUACGUUUUACACGUACACAGACGCAAACACACACAUUAUCGAUAGUGUUUGUCUGUUGGCCGGUUCCGUGGUUCCUUUCCGUACGUACAUGCCGAUGCAAGAAGUUUAACACACGGUGGAAAACGGACGGAAAUUAAAUACCAUUAUCUGACUGACGAACGAAGGCAGAUGAGUUACUCUUCUCCUAGCAGGAAAUAACAAUUUAAUUGUUCUCAACUUGAUCGACGAUUGGAUUAAUACAAACCAAGCAGCAGCAGCAGCAGCCCCCCGUGUGCGGUGGAGCAAGCGGCGGCGCAUCAAAUCGAUUCCCUCCUUGUUCGGGUGGAUCGAGAAAUUUGGCAGUUCCGAGCAGCUAUUUUCAAGGCAUCUUUUUACCCGCAAGCGAGGACCCCGCGACCGACCGUAUUUGGGUUCGUCCCAAGAUCGCGGAUGCAUUAAGAGCCCCCGCCCCGGAACGGAAGACGUGAUAAGAUUGACUUCCAUAUUUAUAUGGCAAAACAAGCUUCGAAGGCUUCGAAACUACAUCACUCCCACAAGGAUGCUGUGCCGGGAAGUGGGCAGCCGUGAAUCGGUCAAGCUGUAAAACCGUAACCCCGGAUUCUCUUCUCUCUACGCAAACUCACGCGCAAACGAUGCAAAAACCGUACGACUCUGCUGUCCAGUGUAAAAUGUAGCCAUCAACCAUCGGGCCAGCCCGAGAUAGAGGAUAAAGCAAGCAAAAAAAACCGUAGACUGAGUGUCCGUUUUAUUACGCAAUUACUUGAUCGCGCGUCUCCACAAAGUACGUGCGAAGAGCCAAUCGAACCAGUCGGACCGGAAGUCAACAGUUUCUCGCGCACUAUGGCAGAAAUGAGCCCGAGCGGUGCAACAGGAGGAGGAGGAGGAGGAGCAGUAGGAGGCGGACCUCCGGCAAUAGUAGCGCAACAGCAACAACAACAAGGUCCUCCGGUUCCUGCGGUGCGAACUUCAUCGCUUCAACCGGUUCCUCCGCCGAGAACGACAACCCUGCUGCAGCCGUCGCCACCGACGACGACGACGCAGGCCGUAGUGCACCACUCGGCUCCUCCGCCGCAGCAGCCACAGCAUCAUCAGUAUCCCUCCAGUCAGCAGCUGCAGCAGCAAAUAGUUCAUCAACAGUCCCAGCAACAGCAACAACAACAACAGCAGCAGCAACAGCAUCAUCUUCAGCCUCAAGUGAUCAUAGCAGCAGCUGCGGCCGUAUCAGCUUCCGGGGGGCCUCCGGCCCACACGCCGAUGCCACCGAACAAUAAUCAGAUCUACCCCACCAGCACCGGAUUGCUCAGCGGACCACGGCUUGUAGUUUUGCACCGACACAAUGGUGACUUCGGUUUCACCCUGCGACACUUCAUCGUUUAUCCACCGCCGGAAGCAACUUCGGAUCCCAACGUUGGACGUUUAGCGGCAGCUGCCGGAAUGCCAAACUUUGCCCAGCCCAUGGAUACGGUGUUCGUGAAGAAGGUCCAUCCGAACUCGCCGGCAUUUCUGGCCGGCCUGCAGGAAGGCGACCGGCUGCUGGCGGUGAACAGCAUCUCGGUGGCCAGCCUGCCGUACGCUCAGGUGGUGGCUACGAUCCAGCAAACGCCCAAAACUCUGACGCUGCAGGUUGUGCCGAAGAAUUACGAUCUUCUCCAGACGUAUUUUAGCGAGACGGCCUACAAUCCGGAAACUAAUCAGCGGCCACAGCCGCAGCAGCUGUUUAUUCCGAAGGCGUCUUCGACGCCAAACUCCCGAACAGGUCAAGGCGUUAAACGGGUUCUGACUGAUGUACAAGAAAAGCAAGAAUCUCUCUACAGUACACUGCAGGAAAUUGUUGGGAAUGCUGCCGCAACUAGCAAUGUGCCACCUUCAGCUGCAGCAACAGCUGCAUCCAAUGCGAACAAGGCAAUUUAUGCGGAGGUACCGAAGAUCCGUUCACCUCCGGUAGCAUCGGAGGCUCCCACUUUGCCAGUGGCUGCCUUCCAUCAGCAACAGCAGCAGCAGCAACGCUCCAAACCACUGGUGUUCGAUUUCGAUCCCAUCAAACAGCAGCAGUACCUGGCUCAGCAGCAAAAAUUGCUGCAGCACAGUAAGGAUAACGAUUCGAUAAGUUCGUAUGAUUCGAUAAAAUCCGCCGCCACGCUUUCGGCCAACGACGUCCUAAUGGGCGGCGGCGAUAGUGCAAUAAUGUCCCGAUUGAGGAAAAGCUUCGAGCAGAAGGAGGAAUUCUUGAGGCGCCCAGCGCCCGUUCCACCACACUCGGCUCCGUUCGAUGUCCAACAGCGGGAAUUCUACGGCAGACCAAACCGGCUUCAAAAAUCCGUUUGGCCUCCGCCAGCUGGUAGCAAUUACCAGCAACAACACCACCACCAACAACAACCCCAACUAAUGCCUGUGAUAACCACUACCAACGAGCAAGAUUCCUUACCGAAACCAACGAAAAUGUCCUUUGGAACGCAAACGACUUCCUCCGGAAUGUCGGCAGCGUCAAAGCCGAACCUUCCAGCUGCUGCCAGCAGCAGAGAACAGCACUCGACUCACCUGUCAACGAUUCGCGAACAAUUCUUCAGCGGAAUCAAUGGCAUCCCUUCUGCUUCCCUGCAGCAGCAGCAGCAACAACCGCAGCUGCAGCAACAGCAGCAGGAAGAUCCGGCCCACUUUGGGCCACCGCCCAGAUCGGCCCCUCCCUCACUGACAGUACAAAACGGACUGCAACCGCUGCAGCAGCAGAACCAGCUGAGUGGCUCACAGUCGGCCCUUCCCCUGUCGCCACACAGUAUGCACGUCGUUUCCGAGAAAGCCAAACUGUUCGAGUCCGGUCGGCCACUCUCGCCGGAUGGCGUCGAUCGGGCUGAACUGUACAAAAGCGAGCUUAGCAGGAUAAACACUAAACAAGUAGUACCGAACGUCGCCGUUCGGCGGAAAGAAUUUGAGCUUAAGGCGGAGAGUACCGGUUGGCGACGAUCUACUGAAGAAAAACCGCGCUCGAUAAGCUCGGAAUCCGACUGCCGUCGGACUCCAGUUAGGGUGCGUUCGCUUUCGGUUGAAUCCGGCUCCGCCCGGGAUCCAACCAUUCUCUACGCGGACCGUCACACGAGCAGCGACGAUCAGCAGAUCCCAACCGCUGCGUCCGGAACAGCGUCAGGUGCUGCCUGUAGUUUGCUGCGACAGCGACCGGUGCGUGAAAAUUCCUACCGAAAUGCGGUCCGCAACUCGACAGCAUUUUGGCUACAAGGACCGGCCACAUCGGGAGCAUUUGUUCCGCCACCGUCCGCACUAAGUCCACCACCUCCUUCGACCCAAACUUCAUCCCCUCCGUCCAGUUCCCUGCCGGGAUUCACCCGCUCACAGUCACCCUCGUCGUCACUCGUCACGGUCGGUAGCAUGGCACCCGUGCCGCCGGCACGGACCUACGCAGCCGCCCACCGGUUGCAUCCCCUUUCGGAGGAACAGUUCCGCCUCAGGAUGCUGCAUCGCAAUCAAACGAUUGUCGAAGUGCACAGCCAACCUCCAGCGGCGGCCGACGCUACCGACGACGACGACACCUACGACGGCGACGGUGAUAUCGAUAUGAAGUCCCUUCCUUCCUAUUCCCCGUCCUGUGGCGGAAGCACUAGCAGUACCACUGCAUCCGGCAUUGCACUGGCCACAGCAGCUGCCGCUGUUCUAGCGGGUAGUUCUUCUGGUAUAACCAGCGCUCCAACCGCUGCUCCUUCCGGUGUCGCGAGCUCCGGCGCAGCCGCCGCCGUGGCUGUCCGGCCAACGACGUUGAAUUUGUGUUCAGAUUCGAGCCAAGUCGUGCUCCGUCAGAAGCAGCAUCAGCAACAUCCGAACCAAGCUCUGACCAUCGAAGAGGACGAGCGGAAAACCCGCCGGAUAUCGUACCUGCGGGCAACGGCCCAGGACAACCUAUUUCAGAUGAUGGAAAGCUCGGACCCAUCGGACAGCAGUCCGAUGUCGUUGCCGCCCGAUACGCCGGACACCGAACCGGAAGCGAUCGGAGGCGGCGGCGGUGCCGAUCAUCAGAUAUCUCCCCCACCAUCCCAACCGCUGCUGCUGCCAUCAUCAGCAUCAUCGUUGGUGCCAGCACAUGCCACGGAUCCGGUUGGUCUGCCGUCGCCGUUGCUCGUUGGUCAACCGACGCACCAAUUUCAGCAGCUUCAGCAGCAGCAACAGUUUCCACAGCAGCUCAAAAGCCACAGUGCGAAAUCGAAAGCGCUGACCCACUUCCGGGACUCACCGGCCGAUCCGGCGCUGCCGGUUCUCCGCGAAGGCGAACUCAACAUCAAGGUAACCCUGAUCGACGGCAAGCGGUCGCAGGAUCGCAGCUGGCGGACGGUGCAUGCCGAACUGCGCGGCACCCGGCUGAAGCUGACGCUGAUUCGCGACGGGAAGAGCUCUAGCCAGCAGAGCCCCGAACCGUCGGGAAUAAUCGAUCUCACCAACUUUCACGUGGCCGAAGGGAACUACACCAAGCGGAAGAACGUGUUCAAGCUGACGACGGUGUCGCCCUACCACCACCAGGCGUCCUACCACCAGCAGCAGCCGAUGAGUGCCCAAUCCCAUCAGCAUCUGGCGCUGCAUCACACGCAGUCGGUCGGGUUGGCCCACACCGGACCGUCGUCGGCAGCCUCCUCGGGAGCCACCUCCCUAUACAAAGGCUACGAGCGGGAGCUGCUGCUGCAGGCCGACUCCCACAAUGACAUGCGCCUCUGGAUGGACUCGCUGAGGACCGUCUGCCGGAGCAGUCAGUACUUGAAUAGUAGCGAUUACGUCAACAGCAGUCUCGGCGGUCAGCAGGCGGAACCGCAGCGGGUGGCGGCGCAAACCAGUGUGCAAUCGACGGCCAACAGUGACGAAUUCUCGCCGGUACUGCCGGCCAAAUCCCACCGCAAGUAUGCCCUCGGAUCUCGAUCUCCUUCCGGUCAAUCACCGGUCAACAAAAGCCGCAAAACACCGCAGCAAAAUUCGGUUGCGGCGCUAGCGCCGGCAACGAUAGCCACCGCCAACGCCAGCGCCAGCAACAACCAUUCCCACCACAGCGGUAAGGAAAGCUCGGACAAAGAAACCGGCUCGCCAAAGUCGAAAACCUGGAAGGGAAUCGUCGCCCGGCAGUUCCGCAAAAUGCAAGGCCAACCGGGUUCGCCGGGUGCGCAGCACCCAGAACUCCUGCUCCCAGAUGGAGCCUCCAUCAACGUACCCCUUCCCCUGUGCCCACCAUCGGACGAAAACGCUUACGUCCCACUGCUGCUAGCAAAAUGCACCGGAAUCGUCGAGACCAGAGGUCUCGGCGUAACCGGAAUCUACCGGAUACCAGGCAACACAGCAGCCAUUUCCCAACUAACCGAACAGGUGAACCGAGGAAUGGACGAAGUCACCCUAAAGGACCCCAAGUGGGAGGACGUCAACGUCGUCUCAUCGCUGCUAAAAUCCUUCAUUCGUAACCUACCGGAACCGUUGCUACCGAAUGAACUGUAUCACAGUUUCAUCUGUGCCGACAAGCUCGGUGGUCAGGCUCGGUUGGUCGAACUGAAACAGCUGCUGAAGCGCAUUCCCACGUACAACUACGAAACGCUGAAGCAUCUGAUGCGGCAUCUGCAUGCCGUCAGUACGAACGCGCUCGUUAAUCUGAUGGAUCCCCGCAAUUUGGCCAUCGUGUUCGGACCGUCGGUCGUUCGGUCGGCCAACGAAUCGCUCGAGACGGCCGUCAAGGACAUGAAGCACCAGUGCCAGAUCGUCGAGGUGCUGAUUACGCAUUAUCAAUACUUCUUCGAAGACGAUCUAUUGCCGAUUGUGGUGGAGAAACAGUCAACUACUACGGUUGAUUCUGGCUUGGAAGUACCGUCAACGUCACUGUUGCUGGAUAAUGUUUCUAAAAUUGAACCCUUCAAAGAAUCAUCAAAGGAAAGUAGCUCACACUUUGUGGCUCAGAUCGUGCAGGCGGCCAAUAGAAAGAUUCGUAGAACAGCCCAGCGCAAAAGUACCAUGUCCUCGACGACACCGGACACCCUGUCACUAGAUAGUACGACCUCAGCGGAAUCGAAGGAGCGAAGCUCCCAGCAGCAGCCGCAUCAUCGGUAUCUGCAUCCGAGCAGCGCCGGCGCAGCCGGCAGUCGAAACGGUGCCACCAACCACCACGACGGUAGCCAAUCGGAUCCGGCACCGGUGUCGGCGAUCGCCGGACACAACAACUCCUCGGACGAACAACAGGCACAGCAGCAGCAGCAGCAGCAGGUCUAUCAGCAUCAUCACCACCAUCAUCAUUACUAUCACCAUGGUGGUGGUACGACGGCGGUCGGCGGAGCCGGAGCAGGUGGAGGCAGUGCCGGUGGCGGUAGCGAAAGUGGAAGCGGUGCCAGCCGGCACCACAGCAGCCAGAGUCAGGAUGAUAACUCGUCAGUAUUAAAUCGGUCCUCGGAGGAAGACUCGAACGAUAGUGCAUUUGCCGAUAAUGGUUCAAUGUCCCUCAAAACGAUCACGAUCACGCUGGACAAUAAGCUGCGCUCGCUGCGUACCUCCUCGAUCGAUUCCGAUCGGGACGUAGCGGACACGACGGCACUGGAAAGUGACGGCGAUAACAGCAGCAGCUGUUACAGUACGGCUGCCACUCCCGGCAGUACAACCACUACUGCUGGCGCGAACAACCAGCAGCAGCAGACGCCAACGCGCCGCUCGGUGCACUCCCAUUCGCGACCCCUGACGCUUGGUGAAAACAUUCCAUACGCGGACGAGUCCCCGGAACGGCCGCUAAUUCAACCGCGGGCUAAACCACUGCGGCAGCAUAGCAAUAGUAAUGGUAACUUUCCCCGAUGUACUGACGUUAGCAACAGUAACGGGAAUCUGGUGAACAAUAACAAUAAUAAUAACAACAACAACAAUAACAACAAUCACAAUGGAAACUUCCCUGAAGAUUCCGUUAAGUUAGAAUUGUCGCAGAAAUCUCUGGACGGUGGCGGUGGCGGCGGCCCAACGGCCGCCAGUGCCACCGACAGCUGCGUGACGCUGGUUAACGAGCCUGGUCAGCAGCAGCAGCUCGCCGGCUCGCCGGACGAUGUGUACGGCGAGGAGGACGAAGAGGACAAGGUUAACAACGUUUCCAUCAGUUCGGACGAUACGGACACCUCGACGACGAGCAACCCGCGCGAAAAGCUGACGGCCGCCGCCUACCGGAUCGAUACGGAAGUCCUGAAGAAGAUGAACCGCAUCCUGACCAACCUGGAACGGAAGGCGAACAAUCUCGAGCGGAAGUUCAACCUAAACCGGUCGCUUUCGUUGAACUAUAAGAAUCACAAAAAUCUGGAGUGCUGCUGUGGCCACACGGUGGCCGCUGCCACCGCUAUUCCGGGCGUUACGACGACGGCGGGACCGGGUGCGACCAUUCCGGUGCACCAGUGCUGCAACAACAAUCUGCACGGUUUGCAUCCGAACAAUAACAAUAACAACGUUAACGUUAGCGUCAACAAUGGGCUGAACAACGUUCGCUCGCGGCUGUCGCUAACGAAGGACGAAAAAACGGACAAAAACAUCAACCGCCGGCGGCAGAUUCACGACGUUAGCCAGACGACGCUGGUGUGUCCGGUCGGUGGUGUUGAUUGUGGUCAGCAGCAGCAGCAGACAGGGCCGCAGAUUAUUCUUACUCCUCAACAGCAGCCUCAGCCACCAGCCGGUGGCGGAGGGCGCCACCGGCGCCAGCUCGGUAAUCGUUCCAUCCGUCGGAGGCAUACCGUAGGUGGAACGCACGAUUACUACUCGACGAACAAGCCGGCCAGUGGAGGGCCGCACAAUGGUGUGCAAUGUCAACAGCAGCAACAGCAGCAGCACCACCCGGGUGGUGCUUGUGGAAGGGGAGUGAUAGUACCGCCGCAGACAAUCUGCGGCGGAGACGAUAAAGCCUGUAAGGAUUUGGAUUAGGUUGAGUGACUCGACGCCGCGGACGGGACGACGGGAAAGGACUGGAGUUUGACUUUUUUGUCGGUGCGUGUGAAGUGGAAAAUUGUGAUGUUUUUGAACUUUUCUGGUACGAUCGGUUUGUUUUGUAUACAGAAAAGGUGCGUUUUUGCUGUAAUUUGAUAUUUCAGAUUGACUGUCCGAUAAAUAAUUUCCUUGAUUUUUCGGAUACACUUACAGAGUAAAUUUUCAAUGAUGAUUUGAACUUUUUGGAAUUUUUUUUGUUCAAUGUUAUAGUAUGUAACAAAGUGCAACAUUCCAGUAAAUAAUUUAGAGUAAUAUCUCGUUUUUUUCAAGCGUUUAUAAUAUACUUGUUGAUCGGAAAUGUAACACUGCCCUGCGUUAUUGUGUUGAUUGGAAUUUUAGCUUCAAAUCUGGGGAAAAACUAAAGGAAAAGACAUUCGAUUCUGUUUUCUAUCACAUUUCUGAUUAUUGUCUUUGGAAAAAAAGAUUUUUUUCUAGUAAACAAGAGCCAUGUACCACAAGGCAGUUUUAUGGGACCACUCUACUUGCUGACGUGCAAAAUGCGAACUUCUUUUAAUCAUGACUUAUUUAUUUUUAAGAUUUGUUUUGGACGAUUCCACAUUAUCAUUUUAAAAUUGCAAUUAAAAAUUGAGCGAAGUAAACUGUAAAUCCAGUUGGUCCUUCAAUUUUUCAUAGCGCUUGUGUGUCAAAAAUGUAUUUGUGGUAAAAGGUUGACAAUUUGUUGGUUAAAAAGAGGUUUGACGGUUAACUGGGGAAUUAUUUUACAAGGAUUAGUUCAGUAGAUGGCUUACAUAGACUCCAAAAAUAACAAAAUUUUGAAAAAUGCUUCCGAGUUGGUCAGCUCACUAUGGGCCAGAAAUUAAUAUUUCGGGACACAUAUAUUUGCGGUUAAACGGCAUAUCUCCGCUCAAUGUGGUCUUCGGCGGACUUUUUGAAUGAAAAAAUGUUGCAUCUUUUGAAGGGGUCGUCCAAUAUUUAGGUGUUACUUUAACAACAAUUUGAGUAAUAACUUUUUGAGUAAUUUUUUUUUCACCUUUUUUGGUUUGGAAAUAUUAAAGAUAAACCAAUUUUAAGUAUUUUUCCUGAAGACAUGAAACUUCUACCUUUUACCCAUUUUCAGCAAUAGACCUUUGUUUAUAAACGACCCCUCAAAUCACAUUUCUUCUUGUAACCUGUUUAUUUCAACAGACAGCUCAAUGUGAUGUUCUAGACAACAUUUUGCACAUAAAAGAGGAAUAUUUUUGCUGAAGACUGUUAUGCUUUUUCUGCAUUAAUUAAUAUGAUAUAACUGUUUGUAGGUUAAAAACCGUCUGAUGAAAAAUGUGUAUUUUUUCAAGGGUGGUGUCUUCGGAGAAGUAAAAUAAUACAAUAUAGUGCAUCUUCCUGCACUAUUAGGGUGACCAUGAAUUCACCUAUUAGGGUGAUACAAACUUUUGUUUUCCUAAAUAAUUUAAAAAAAAAAAUUUUCUUCAAGUUGUAGAACAUACUAAAAUAAGCAACUUUACUAAAUAAAGUAACUAUCUAUCUCUUACCGGUUGCGAAAUAUAAUGAUGUGUUAAAAAAGAGCACUUAAAAAUCAAUUACACUCAAUAACUUUGCACACGAUUAUUUUAUUGCUUUCAAAUGUUCUUCAAAGUCAUUCAGUAUGUUGAAAUACAUACUUUCUGUGAAGACCGUUUGACGCUAGGACGCAUAUUUAUUAAGUUAUAAAAUGUAUGAAAAAAAUCCGCACUAUUCCCAGGUAUUCCCAGCCAUGGUAUUCCCAGGUAUUCUCUGAAAUACACACUUGAGCAGAUAGCUUUAAUAAUUCCCUACAAAUUGGUAUGCAAACUAAUUGCAGAUACUUGCAGAUGGCUAAGAUAUUCGGAUUUUUCGUCAGACGGUUUUUAACCUAAAAUCACUUACAUCUUAUUAAUUAAUGCAUAUAAAGCAAAACAGUCUUCAGAAAAAAAUAUUCCUCUUUUAUGUGCAAAAUAUUUUCUAGAACAUCACAUCGAGCAAUCUGCUGAAAUAAACAUGUUACAAGAAGAAAUGUGAUUUGAGGGGUUGUUUAUAAACAAAGGUCUAUUGCUGAAAAUGGGUAAAAGGUAGAAGUUUGAUAUCUUCAGAAAAAUUACUUGAAAUUGGUUUAUCUUUAAUAUUUUAAAACCAAAAAGGUGAAAAAAAGUUUACUCAAAAAGUUAUUACCUAAAUUGUUAUUUAAGUAACGCUUAAAUAUUGAACGACCCCUUCAAAAUAUGCAUCAAUUUUUUAUUCAAAAAGUUGCCGAAGACGACAUUGAGACAUGCCGUUUAACCGCAAAUAUUUUUGUCCCGAAAUUUUAGUUUCUGGCCCAUAGUGCAGCUUUAGAAACCCGGCCUAUUUUGCUACGUCUUGACUUGAAAUUUGGACACAAUUUUCUUGAAAAAUGUUAUGACAUAACAACGAAAAAACAGUUUGCUUAUUAACUCCUCCCCCCUCAAACAGUUAAGAUGGCCAAUCAAAACACCUACAACAGUGACUCUAGCUUACAGAGGCGCCUAGACACUCAAAAUCCGCUAAAUUUUGAAACAAA